AUGAAUGGGUUGAUCAAGACUGCCAGUCUGUUGUUUUCAAGAAGCCCACUAUGGCAACCAACCUUGUUGGGUUUGAAACCAGCAAAGUCUAUUAGACCUGUCUGGUCUCGAACAACCCAAUUAUCAUUUUCUUGUUCAUUCAGUACUCAAACACAAUCUAAUAUAGCUAGAUUUCGACCUGUCGCAUUCUACUCAAUCGUUCCACUUUCUCAAGAUCGUGUUCGUGAACUUCAGUCCGAGAUUCAUUCUCGACUUAAGCAGAUUGAUGUAGUAGGCAGGAUCUAUUUGGCACCCGAACAAGGAAUUGGUGGAAUCAACUGCCAAAUGGCUGUACCCUUGAGCCAACUCGAAACUGUCAAAAGCUUCUUUCAAGGCAUCCGAGAAUUCACACAGACAGGGCCUAUUGCCUUUACUGAGGGUAUCCAAGACACCACUACACCAAGUUUCCGUAACUUGCGAGUGGUCACAAAAAGAAAUCUUGUGGCUACCAAGGUUGGUCUCCAAACAAAGGAUCUAGAAAUGCAACCGGAUUACCUGGAUCCGGCUGUCUGGCACGAGCAAUUGGCUGACAAGGGUAACCAAGCGUUUGUGCUAGACAUGCGCAAUCAUUAUGAAUAUGAUAUUGGUCACUUUGAACAUGCGGUCAAAAUGGACGUCGAUACUUUUAGAGAUGGUAUGGAAGUCAUGGACAGUCUAUUAAAAGAAAAACCAAAGAACGAGGAAAUCUACAUGUAUUGCACCGGGGGUAUUCGCUGUUCUGUUGCCGGAUCCUAUCUGCUCAAAAAGGGAUAUUCAAAAGUUAAAAUGCUAAAAGGUGGUGUAUCUGCCUAUGGAAAUUAUGUCUCAAAGGGAAAAAACAAGACCUCACUGUUCCGUGGGAUGAACUUUACCUUUGACGGUCGCCGUGGAGAACGUAUAACGGAUGAUGUCUUGAGCCACUGCUUCCACUGCAAUGCACCCUGUGAUCGAUUGUCGAACUGUAGCAAUACUCUGUGCCAUUUGCUCUUUACCCAGUGCGAUGCAUGUCAAGCCAAGAUGGACAAGACAUGCAGCACCAAAUGCAAGGAGACUAUCGAGGGAAAGAUAGAGUGGACAGACGAGUACAAUUAUCAUAACCAAAUCAGACCUACUGCUCAAAAGAAGGCAGUUGCAGUUGCAGUUGCAGUUUAG